GGAAUACACAAAGGCAAUGCCCGCUACUCAUAUCGAAGAUGAUCGUUUCAGCCAUGUGCCCUCUAAUAAGGACUAUUUCCCGUCCGAGUCGAUGAAUGCGACCGUGAACCUAGUCAGACAGAAGCUUGAUAAGAUACAGUCCGGCGGUGAAACUUCUGAUGCUGCCGCCGCCGCAUCCAAGAAACCAAGGGUCGACAACCGAAGGCGUAUUUGAAUCAACGGGUGAUGCAGAACGUGCGUUAGGCGUUUCGUAUUGCUUUGUUUGCCCUAUGUUUCGUGCGCUUGCCCGCUCAUCAUUUGCAGCAGGCUGUCGCUUGGUGAUGUUAUGUAGUAGCAUGUUCCAGAGGAAUGAAUGGUGUGUGAUACUGUCAGGCUCAGCAGCUGUUUAUAUGCUCACU